AUGGCUGAACCUAGCCCCAUCACCACGCCGCCGAUUGAGGGGCUCCCAUCCGAGCUGGUCGCUCAUAUUGCAGUCUUGUCAGUCUGGGGACCGGAUUCCUCGCCGAGCCUGGAGGCUUUCUCUGCCCUUUCCCGGACAAGCAGCCAUUUCUACAAUAUUCUGAACCCUCUCCUGUACCAACACAACUUCACACAUCAUCAGCCGUAUCAAUCAUGUGUUCUCUGGGCUGUGGAGCAGGGCAACAUCGACACGUUAAAAAGAGCACGCUCCUACGGGGCUGACCUCAAUAUUGACGGGUCCAGAGAUGAGGCGGGUUUUACCAUCCCUCUGCGCUCUCUCGCCGGCGGAUAUAUUGCGACUGCUCUGCACUUAUCUAUUCGCUAUGGUCAUAUGGACAUAUUCAACUACCUCUUAGAUGAAAAUGUUGAUAUCGAAGUUCCUUCGAGGGGCCUUUGUUUAUGCAAGUUUGGAGGCGACCCAAAGACAUAUCCUCUCCAUUGGGCUCUCAGCCACAGCACGAACCCCAGGUUUGCGCAAGAGCUGAUUGCAAAAGGGGCAUAUCGCGUGGCCGAGCAGGUACCAGCAAUUGCGUACAUGGAAAACAUGGAGGCGCAUAGCAAACCUAUCGAACGUCUUCUCCAGCGGUCUGAGCCUCUCGCUAUGGGCGCGUCUCUGCAAUAUGCAGUAAGGAACAAGAGGUCUGAUCUCGUCCGCGAGCUUCUGGAGAAGGGAGCAGAUAUUACGUACAGAAAUCCUGCUUCAGGCGAAACAGCUCUUCAUGUUGCAUUGGAUGAUCAGGAUGCGGAUUUGGAAGCCCUCAAGUUGCUUUUGGCUCAUCCUGAAGUCCCUCUGGCUAUCACGGAUAACGAUGGCGCGCUUCCAAUUCACUCUUGUGCCUCUAAGCCAGCGCUUGUGGAGGCUAUGAAGCUUAUGCUCGCUCAUCCCAACAUCGACCCCUUGGCCUCCGAUAGAACAGGAGCUACCGCAUUUGAUAUCGCAGCAAAGUCCGACUCUGCUCCCAUGUUUAGUCUCCUUGUGAGACACCCAGCGGUGAACCCAUACGACGAGGAACAAUGGCCUGGUGAUAAGCCACUCCAUCUUGCUCUGAAAUGUAUUGGUGACAGUCUGGACAUUGUCAAAUUUCUACUAGCGCAGCCUGAAGCCCAUGUUUCUUUACCAGGACUCGACAUGAAGACUCCCCUCCAUAUCUGCGCGGCCAAUGAAGCAUUGUUCGAACAUGCGAAGCUACUCCUAGCCCAUCCUACAUGUAGCAUCGAGCGUCCUCAAAAUGACAUGGACAUUUCUGGUACCACACCUCUGCUCUAUGCUGUGGAAUCUGGUUUUAUUCCCAUGAUGGAAUUGAUUCUCAGCCAGCCUGAUAUUGAUGUCUCAACUGCCGAUGAAACGGGACAGACCCCCCUCCACGUCUGCGCAUCUAUCCCAGCAUUGUUUGAAAUCGCCCAGCGAAUCCUGGCCCAUCCAAGCAUCAAGCCUUCUCGAGGGGAUGAAUUCGGUGCGACACCGUUGUUCUAUGCUGCGAAAUCUGGGGACCUUCCUAUGAUUGAAUUACUCCUCACCCAACCCGGCAUCAACGUUUCGGAGGCCAACAAUGUCGGACAAACCCCCCUUCAUGUCUGUGCAGCUAACCCGGAGCUGCUCGAGGCCACCAAAUUACUCCUUGCUCACCCUGAUAUUCAAACAACUGUGAUGGAUAGAGACGACAUGCCUCCGCUCGCAUUCGCGGUUGAGUCUGGAUCUAUCGCCAUGUUUGACCUCAUUGCAAACCGGCCUGAAGUUGACAUUUCAUCUCUUUUUGAUGAUGGCCGGAACGCGCUCCAUAUGGUUUGUAGCUCCGAAGAGACUGAGGACUCCAAACGCUUCGCUGAAGAUCUUCUGGAUCGCGGUGUCCCCAUCAACGAUGGACUCGAAACCUGGGGAAGCCCUCUUUAUUGCGCGAUGGAGGAACGUAACUUCGAAAUAGCAUUGAUGCUUCUAUCCCGAGGUGCCGACCCGAAGUUAGAAAUUGACGCCCGGCAUCAUUGGGGCCACCUACACCACCUCCUCUGGAAGCCACACCCCCGUCAGACCGAGCUGCUCAGGGAGCUCCUCGCGAAGGGAGCAGAGGUGAAUAGGCAGACUGUGGACUAUAUGAGCAUUUAUCACGAUACAGUCGACUUUGACUUUUGCGGGACGCCUCUCGCCUUUGCUCUUUUUGGUGCCAAGAAUGUCGAGUGCAUGAAGCUUCUGCUUCGUGCCGGAGCCAGGGCCAGAGCCAUGGCGGGUUCCGCGGGGCAAGGCAAAACACAAUCUAUAAUUGCUGCUCUAUUCCAAAAUUUCCCUGAUGAUACCACCAUAGAAGAGGCUGUUGAGAAUAUAAAGGAGGGGGUUAUCCUCCUUCUUAGGCGAGCCACUGACAUCGGACGUUUUGGAGAGGGGGCCACAGCCCUUGAACUCGCUUGCGACGGUGCUCAUUAUGCGGAGAAUUGGGCGUUGCUCAACUUGCUCAUGGAGCAUGCUACGAUUCUAAACAUCGAUCCAGACUACGUGCAAGAACUAUCUGAUGAAUACGAACCCGAGGCGGUAGAGAUAAAAGCGGCACUUGCCAGAUUCAAGAAGAAGUUGCUUGCAUAA